AUGAAGCAGGCGCUCCGAUGGGCUGCGGCAGAGCUUCAAUUGCUGACGCUACUAAACCGCCCGGCAGGCUCCUGCGCCGAGGAGUUGCUGGCCGCUGAGAAGGCCUAUGCCUCUGCGGGAUCUGCAGAUGAACUGGCACAGGCGAGCCUGGCCAUUGCCGAGGCGACCUUAUCCACUAGGGGACCGGGAACCCGCUUUGAGGAAGCCUUGAACAAGGCCCGCGAAGCAGCAGCUUCAGAUUUGCAGCUUGAGGCACGCAUGCUUCAAGUACAAGCCCGUGCAGCGUUGGCAAGGCAACGGCCAGACCAAGCCCUGGAGUUCGCCACGCGGAUGCUCGAAAUCCAGGGGAACCUCCCACAGCCUGAGCUGCGGAUCGUGGCAACAGGCAUCGUUUCCAUCAGCCAGCGUCAAGCUGGCAACUUCACCGAGGCGAUUGCGGCCGCCCAGCAAGUCCAGCAAGUCGCAUCCGAGACGGAGAAAGCCAGAGCCGAAGCCAUUGGGUGGCUUCUGUCCGCCAGUGCCUGGUUGUCUUCUUUGCCAUCAGCCAAUAAGCCGCGGUCAUUGAUCCUGAUGGAUACAGCGUUGCGAGAGCGCGAGGGCAUCAAAGAAGCACCUGCAGAGCUGGCGGAGGCUGCGGCCAAAGAGUGCCUGCAAGCCUCCCGCAAGCUCGGGUGCAAUGCCCUGCACGCCGCUGCCUUGGACCGUCUCGUGGAAUCGAUGCUUCGGCAGGGUCGAGCAGAGGAGGUUCGCUGCAUUUGCGAGGAGGAGGCGUUCUCCGCCCGCAAAGAUCGAAGUCGCUCAGAGGCUGGCGCCCUCGCUGCCCUGGUCUCUGCAAUGCAGCCCGCGCAUGACGCUGAAUGCCGUGACAUCAUGCAAGUGCUGGGGCGACUCCGCACGCUGGGUCGGGAAGGAGAGGCGGCCCAGAUCCAAGUUUCACUGCUGGCGGCGAAGUCUGUGGCUGAGAGUGCAGACGCGGCUGAACCACCUGCCGGUAGCUUGGACGCCGCGGCGUCCCAUGCGCAGCGAGCGCUCGUCCUGGCACGUCGGCACGGAGACUUCGGGGCCGAGGCGGAGGCGCUCAGGCUCCUGACUGGACUCCACCGGCGGAUGGGUUUGGAGCCUCCGCGUUCGGAGCUUCACACUGAGAUCCUGUCAGAGCUGCGAUCGGCUGUCCGAGACGCAGAGAAGACCUCUGAGAUUGCCCCAGUUCAGAGGGUGCUGCGCAGCCUCAGAGAGAAUGGCAAAGAGGUGGAGUCCUUCCUGUCGCCUGCAGACCUGACAGAGGUCCUGGAGCCUCUGAAGUCUUGGAUGCCAGAAGAGCUCGCUCCUGCGAUGCUCCUGGCCGGACAAAACUCCGAAGGUCAGGGAUCUGCAACAAAGGAUCCGCAGCUAGUGAUGGUGGAGAUUGGCCACAAGCCGAUGUACAGCAGUGUCGGGGCUGGUGGAAUUCAGUAUGGCCCAAGAUAUCGCCAGGUCCGGGGGUAUCGGCCUCCCGGAUCGGCACAGCCCGAGAGGGGUAAGCCGGCUGUUGUCGCAGUGCUCCGGACAUCCUCAGCUGCCGAGGAGUGGGAGGCGCGGUCGUGGGAUUGGACACCGCCGCUUGUUGAUGCAGCCGCUCACUCCUCUUUCCUAUUUGCGCAGUAG